UUGAUGCAGUCAAUUUCUUCUCGGCCACGCCUCCUCCAACAACCAGCCCUGGAAGUGCACAGUGAGGAAUCAUUUUGUACUUUGUCCUUCUUGUGCUCCAUACCCCUCAAUCGACAAUGGCAAUGAAACUGGCUUAUUGGGAUAUUCGUGGGCUUGCCCAGCCGAUACGCUUGCUACUUGAGUUCACAGGAACAAAGUAUGAAGACAAGUUCUACGUCUGUGGUGAAGCUCCCGAUUAUGACAAGACUUGUUGGAUCGACGAAAAGCACAAGCUUGGGAUGGACUUUCCCAAUCUGCCCUAUCUCGUUGAUGGAGAGCGAAAGAUGGUCCAGAGCAACGCCAUCAUGAGAUACAUUGCACGGAAAAACAAUCUCUGUGGAGAGACCGAGGAUGAGAAGGUGCGCGUUGACCUCAUGGAGAAUCAGUCCAUGGACUUUCGGAACAGCUUUGUAAUGUUGUGCUACGGGGAUCAUGAUAAGUUGAAGCCAGGUUUUCUAAAGAAUCUGCCAGUGGUUCUUAAGCAGCUGUCAGAUUUCCUGGGAGAAAGGAAGUGGUUUUCUGGCGACAAGAUCACCUUUGUGGAUUUUAUUAUGUACGAGCUUCUGGACCAACACCGAAUGUUUGAGCCCAAGUGCCUGGAUGAUUUCAAGAACCUCCGAGAUCUAUUGGACCACUUUGAGGCUCUGGAGAAGAUUUCUGCUUACAUGAAGUCAAGCAGAUACAUGAAGACCCCGGUCAACAACAAGAUGGCCAAAUGGGGAGGUCAGAAGGAGUGAAUCUACACCGUCAACCGGAGUAGUCGAUAAGGAAACUCCUAAUGGACCAAAACAUUUGGGCCAAAUUACUGCAGAUACAUAAUUCUUGUGUGUUAUGUGGGGCAUGUAGUAUCUUGAGUACCACUACCGUCACAAUUUUACUGUUUUAUGUUGUUGCAUCUUUUGUAAAAACCAAGGAUUUCAAUAUUGAGUAAAGAACGUUUGUAAAAAAAAAA